CGGCGGCCGGGGGGCAGCGGCCGGGGGGGUCCGCGCCGGGGUCGGCGCCGGGAGCGGGCCCCGGGUGCGGGCUGAGCGACAGCGGCUCGGAGGCGUCGGACUGCAGCGCCUCGGAGGAGGCGAAGCUGCUGUCGCUGGAGCUCAGCGGGAGCGACGGCGAGUCCCCCGGCAGCGCCCCGCCGCCGCCGCCCUCGGCCGGGGAGGCCUCGCCGCUGCCCGAGGAGCCCUCGGCCGCCUCCAUGGCCAGCAGCCGGCUGCAGCUCAGCACCUCGCUCGCCUUCUCCGACCUCACCGAGGAGCUGCUGGACGCCGGCACCGACGGGCUGCUCCGCGAGCUGGAGGACCUGCGCUCCGAGAACGACUAUCUCAAGGAUGAGAUCGAGGAGCUGCGCGCAGAGAUGCUGGAGAUGAGGGACGUCUACAUGGAGGAGGAUGUCUACCAGCUGCAGGAGCUGCGGCAGCAGCUGGACCAGGCCAGCAAGACGUGCCGCAUCCUGCAGUACCGGCUGCGCAAAGCCGAGCGGCGCAGCCUACGCGUGGCGCAGACCGGCCAGGUGGACGGCGAGCUCAUCCACAGCCUGGAGCAGGACGUCAAGGUGGCCAAGGACGUCUCCGUGCGGCUCCACAACGAGCUGGAGGUGGUGGAGAAGAAAAGGAUCAGGCUGGAGGAGGAGAACGAGGACCUGCGCCAGCGGCUGAUCGAGACGGAGCUGGCCAAGCAGGUGGUGCAGAACGAGAUGGAUAAGCUCCGAGAGAAUUCCCUGAAGAAGAGGGGGUCUCGCUCCAUCGGGAAGGCCGAGAAGAAGCCGUCAGUGCAGGAGGACAGCGCGGACCUCAAGUGCCAGCUGCAUUUUGCCAAGGAGGAGUCGGCCCUGAUGUGCAAGAAGCUGACCAAGCUGGCCAAGGAGAACGACGGCAUGAAGGAGGAGCUGCUGAAGUACAGGUCCCUCUACGGGGACCUCGACAGCUCCCUGUCCGUGGAGGAGCUGGCCGACUCACCCCACUCGCGCGAGGCCGAGCUCAAGGUCCACCUCAAGCUGGUGGAGGAGGAAGCCAACAUCCUCAGCCGCAGGAUAGUGGAGCUGGAGGUGGAGAACCGCGGCCUGCGGGCCGAGAUGGACGACAUGAAGGGCCAGGGGGACAGGGAGCUGCCGGGGCAGGACCUGCGGUUCCUGGCGUGCCCCUCGGGCUGCGGGGACGCGGGGGACACGGUGGUGGAGCUGCGCCGGCACCUGCAGUUCGUGGAGGAGGAGGCCGACCUGCUGCGACGCUCGCUGCUGGAGCUGGAGGACCAGAACAAGCUCCUGAUGAAUGAGCUCAACAAGUACAAGUCGGACCACGAGCUGGACGUGACGCUGUCGGAGGACAGCUGCUCGGUGGUCAGCGAGCCCUCGCAGGAGGAGCUGGCCACGGCCAAGGUGCAGAUCAGCGAGCUGAGCGGCAAGGUGAAGAAGCUGCAGUACGAGAACCGCGUCCUCCUCUCCAACCUCCAGCGCUGCGACCUGGCCUCCUGCCAGACCACCCGGCCCAUGCUGGAGACUGACGCCGAGGCCGGGGACUCGGCGCAGUGCAUCCCCACCGCCGGCUGGAGGGACGGGCACGGCGGCGAGGCCGAGCAGCAAGACAGGGCGCCCGGCGGUGGGAAGGUGCUGGACGGCGGUCCUACCGCCAAGCUCCUCAAGGCCAAGGACUUCGAGACCCUGCUGGGCAUCCGGGACCAAGCGGCGCUCGUCAGCAAAGCCAUCGACGUCUUGAUCUCGGACGCCAAUGGCUUCACCUCCGGCUUGAAGCUGUGCCUGGACAACGAGUGCGUGGGGGGGCUGCUGGCCGAGGCGGUGGAUAACAGCAGCGAGGGCCCCAGCGAUGCCAAGCUGAUGAACGUGCUCCUCAUGAGGCUGGGGGUGCUGCAGCAGGACCUGGGCUGCUUCAUGAGGAAGGUGGACCACCUUGCCGGCGGCCUCAAGGAGCACACGGACUCCUUCCCCUUCUCCGGCAGCCACGAGGCCACCAAAGAGGGGCUGCAGAAGGAGCAUGGCUCCGACUUCCAGCAGCCUGAUUUUAGGGACGCCGACCCUUACCGCAUCACCCACACCAAGGACAUGGACCCCGCGCAUCCCCGGAGCUACAAAACCUGCCGGCCCGACGAGAACGACUCCUACGCCACCGAGAUGAAGGAGCUGCAGCUGGUGCUGUCGGAGGCCAACGAGAGCCUACGGGGGCUGCAGGAGCAGCUCUCGCAGGAGAGGCAGCUGCGGAAGGACGAGGUGGACAACUUCUCGCAGAAGAUCUGCCAGCUGAAGGAGGACCACCAGAAAGCCCUGCUGCGGCGUGAGUUCGAGCUGCAGAGCCUGAACCUGCAGAGGCGGCUGGAGCAGAAGUUCUGGAGCCAGGAGAAGAACCUGCUGGUGCAGGAGUCGCAGCAGUUCAGGCAGAGCUUCCUCCUGCUUUUCAUGAAGCUCAAGUGGUUCCUCAAGCGCUGGCGCCAGGGCAAGAUAGUGCACAGCGAGGGCGAUGACUUCCUGGAGGUGAGCAGCAUGAAGGAGCUGUACCUGCUGCUGGAGGAGGAGGAGCUUGCCCCGCAGCAGCAGGCGGACAACAAGACCUGCGCUGGGGACGCCUGGACCCCCAACACGCCCAACGAGUGCAUCAAGACGCUGGCGGACAUGAAGGUGACCCUGAAGGAGCUGUGCACGGAGCUGCGGGAGGAGCGGCGCGGCGCCGGCGAGCUGCAGCAGCAGUUCACCAAGGCCAAGGCCGCCUGGGAGAUGGAGCGUGCCGAGCUCAAGUGCCACAUCGCCCAGCUGGAGGCCAAGGCGGGCAAAGGGCUCACCGAGCGGGCGCUGCCGGACUGGAAGGUGGCCCUGAAGAGGGAGCGCGAGGAGCACCAGCACCUCCUGGCCGAGUCGUACAGCGCCGUCAUGGACCUGACCAAGCAGCUGCAGAUCAGCGAGAAGAACUGGAACCAGGAGAAGGUGGAGCUGCUGGCCCGCUUCAAGGAGGAGCAGCAGCAGGCGGAGCAGCAAGCAAAGGACCUGCAGAACAAACUCAACCAGUUGCAGAAAGGAGCCAACCCAUGGGCUUUGAAGCACUCUGAAAUGGAGAAGCACGGCAGCAACUGGAAAGAGGCUCUCAAUGAAAAAAUCACAGACAAAGAGACAAUCUCUGAAGAAGAAGCCAAGGGAACCAACUUAAAAAGGACCAAGUCCGUUUCUUCCAUGUCAGAGUUCGAAAGCUUGCUCGACUGUUCUCCCUACCUCCCUGGAAAGACUGCGCCCGGGCUGGGCGACCAUUCCCGAGGCAAAAAGGUGUCUGCAGGCACCCAGCUGCUGCCCAACGGGAUCCGGGACAGCACUGGCCUUCCUCCCCCACACUGUACAUAUGUGAAUAUCGAGCAACCUGCCCCUGACGGCCUGGCCAAGGAGAAGCUAGGCAUCUCCUCCUGGGACUACUCGCGGGCCAGCAGCUUCUCGGGGCAUGACCCAGCCCAGAAGCAGAUGCAGAGGAGCUACACGGCGCCCGACAAGACGGGGAUCCGCAUCUACUACAGCCCGCCCGUGGCGCGGCGGCUGGAGGCACCUCUGGUGCACAACAAGGAGGGGAAGAUCAUGAUCGAGCCCGGCUUCUUGUUCACCAUGGCCAAGCCCAAGGAGCCGGAGGAGUCGGCCAGCGCAGAGAGCACGUACAGCCAGUGGCUGUGCAACUUCUCCAAGCAGCAGCGGGAGCUGCUGGACAGCGGCGCGGUGGAGAGCGCGGUGCCACCGGUGCCCCGCUUCCCGCCCUCGCUGCACGACCUGGAGAUCUCCGGCAACAUGAGCGACGACAUGAAGGAGAUCACCAACUGCGUGCGGCAGGCCAUCCGCUCCAGCUCGCUGGAGAGGAAGGUGAAGAGCGCCUCGAGCCAGACGGUGGGGCUGGCCCACGUGGGGACGCAGACCAUCCAGACGGUGAGCGUGGGCCUGCAGACGGACCUGCCGCGCGGCGGCGUGCACGGCAAGAGCUGGUCCCCGCGCAGCUCCUCCCUCGUCUCCGUGCGCAGCAAGCAGAUCUCCUCCUCCCUGGACAAGGUCCACUCCAGGAUCGAGCGGCCCUGCUGCUCCCCAAAAUACGGCUCUCCGAAGCUGCAGAGGAGGUCUUCCUCCAAACUGGACGCCUCCAAGGACAGGAGCCUCUGGAACCUGCACCAGGGCAAGCAGAACGGCUCUGCCUGGGCCCGCUCCACCACCACCCGUGACAGCCCCGUGCUCAGCAACAUCAACGACGGCUUGUCCAGCCUCUUCAGCGUGGUGGAGCACGCGGGCAGCACCGAGUCCAUCUGGAAGCCGGGCUGCCCCGAGGGCAGCAGGGCCAAGCCCGAGGCCCCCAAGUAUGGCCUGGUGCAGGAGUUCUUCAGGAACGUCUGCGGGCGGGCACAGAGCCCCACGCCCCCCCCGGAGAAGAAGGAUGCCGGCGGUGGGGAGGAGGGUGCCAGGAAAAUCGAGCACCCCGGUCCAGCCGCCUACCACCCGGCCGAAAGCGCCUCCCGCAUCUUGAGCAAGAAAGUCCUCAAACAAAGCAGCUGCGAGGACCCGAAGCCGUCGUCCCCUGGCCAAGGGAGCAAGGAGGCGGCCCCCCGGGACCCCGACCUCAUCUCGGCUCUAGCCAGCGAGGACAUGGCGUGCGACUGCAGCUCGCAGUCCCUCACCUCCUGCUUCGCCCGGCCGUCCCGCUCCGCCGCCCGCCACUCGCCCUCCAAGUGCAGGCUGCACCCCGCGGACCCCCCCAGGGCGGAGGAGAAGCCGGGGCCCCUGAGUGAGUGAGGACGGCGGGACGGGGCGCGCAGCCUUGCCUGCUUCCCACUCUCCUGCCCCGAGAGCGCCCGCGGGGCCCCUCUCGGGGACGCAUCUGUCUCCUAACCGUCCCCUCACCCGUGGGGACGCUUAAGAAGCAGAUGGCGAAGGGCGCCGGGCGGCGGAGGCUGCCGGCAGCAGCGGGGCAUCCCGCCGGGGUGGCCGUGUCAUGGGCACGGGGGGGAGCAGCGGGGUCCCCAUGGUGGCCUCGGGAAGGGGACGGCCGCCGGGCGAGGUGGCGGUGCUGCUCGGCCAGGGGUGAAGCACAGCGGGGUUGGAGUCGAGGGAUGGAGGCAGCGUGGCUCCGUGGGCUGGAUCCGGCCCCGUGGCCAGCGCCGCCUGCCCGGCGUGUCCCUGAGGGCCGCGGUUGCGGGGCGGUUGCAUCAGCCACAUCCAUCGGCUGCAUCCUGGAGGCCGGAGGGAGGCGGGGAGGGUCCCCGGGCUGGGCGGCGCAUGAAGGCUGUCCCCAUCGCCCUCCUGCUGCAAGGGGGCUGCCGGGCUCCUCCGCUGGUGGGAAGGGUCCGGGCAGCCCCUGGUGUGGUGGGGAAGCUGGGUGCACAUGUGGCGUGUUCUCGUCUCCUCUCGUGCCCUAAUCCUAACGGGCCUUGGCUGGGAGCAGCGCGGUGGGACCCCCCCAGCAGCCUCCACCCUGCAGAGCGCCCACCUCCCUGCCCGGGGCCACGUGUAGUUGUUUGCUCCUCCAAGUGCUGAAUUUAAAUAUUUCCCCCCCCCUCCCCCCAACCUUGUUUCCCCCCCGCCCCUUUUUUUUCCCUUCUUCCUCCUCUUUUGGCUCUGCCCAUCUCCGGACAGCCUGCAAUGUAAACCAAGUGCAUUUUUUGAAAACAAAACAUACUGAAAUGAGCUAAAUUGGAGAUGCACCAAUUGGAUUAAGAGAUUGUGGGCUGGGCAGCUGCAGCACGGCUCGCAGCCUCUGCCGCACAGCGGUCGGGCGGUCACCAUCGAGAAAAGCCUCAUCUGGGGAGGGAGGAGGGCAGCACCCCAGCAGCGCUGGUGCCCCGGUGUGCAGCCCAGGGCGAGAAGGGUGAUUUUGGAGCUGGCUGCUUGACCUAUUUUCGAGCUGCGUGCUAGGGGCUGGGCAGGAUUUGCACAGAUGGAGCUGCCUGCAGGUGCCUGUGCCUGCCGGGGCUCUGGGCAUUGCUCCAGAGCCUCUGGGCAUUGUUCUGAGAAUGCGUACACUGCUCCAGGGGCUCUGGGCA